CGUCCGGCGCGCGUGCGCCGUGGCGGCGGCGGCGGCGGUGUGUCCGUCAUGGCGGCGUCCAUCUCCGGCUACACCUUCAGCUCCGUGUGCUACUGCAGCGCCAACAGCAGCGCCGACCACGAAGGAUUUCUGCUGGGAGAGGUGAGACAAGAAGAGACUGUCAGCAUUAGUGAUUCACAGAUCAGCAACACUGAAUUCCUACAAGUGAUAGAAAUCCAUAACCAUGAGCCUUGUUCAAAACUCUUUAGCUUUUAUGACUAUGCAGGCAAAGUUAAUGAGGAGAGUUUGGACAGGAUUCUCAAAGACAGAAGAAAAAACGUUAUUGGGUGGUACAGAUUCAGGAGAAACACUCAGCAGCAGAUGUCAUACAGAGAGCACAUCAUCCACAAACAGCUGACACACAUCCUUGGAGUGCCUGACCUCGUCUUCCUUCUCUUCAGCUUCAUUUCCACUGCAAAUAACUCCACACAUGCUUUAGAAUAUGUGCUUUUUAGACCAAACAGAAGGUAUAAUCAAAGGGUGUCACUUACUAUUCCUAAUCUAGGCAACACUAGCCAACAGGAAUACAAAGGUUCUUCAGUGCCAAAUACUUCUCAGAAUUAUGCCAAAGUUAUUAAGGAACAUGGUACUGAUUUUUUUGACAAAGAUGGAGUGAUGAAGGACAUCAGGGCUAUCUAUCAGGUUUAUAAUGCACUUCAGGAAAAAGUACAGGCAGUAUGUAUAGAUGUAGAAAAAAGUGAACGUGUUGUUGAAUCUUUCCAAGCUGAUGUAAACAAGUUAAAAAGGCAAAUCGCACAAAAGAAGAAUGAAAAAGAACAAGAAAUAAGAAUGCAGCAGGCAAUUUUAAGCAGGCAAAUGCCAACAGAUAACGUGGAAGCCAUGUUUGUUCCCCGAAUGUCCUACACUGGCUUUGCUGUGGAAGGCUGCACGCUGGAGGAUUCCGACGUGUCCGAUCCUCCCCCGCCCUACUCGGAUUUCAACACAAGCACUCACGACAGCUCUGGCAGCCCCGGGCUCCUGGAGAGCAGCAGCAUCUUCAUGCCUCGGCCUCAGGCAGUGGGGUCUUCCAGUUAUGUUUCCACAAGUGCAGGAUUGAAAUAUUCUGGCAAUGGAGCAUCCAUGCCAUCUUCCCAAAGAGCGCUGCCUGACAAUGUUGACGAAUCAGAAGACAGUGAUUAUGAGAAUUUGCUCGAACCCACAGAGUCCUCUGACAGUGAAUACUCACAGACAAGGGAGUCACGACCUUCAGCACAUCCCGAUGGUGAUUCCAGGAACACUCAGACUUCUCAGAUUUGAUAGGGGGGAAAACAGAACAAAUCCACGUGACACUGUUUUUUCAUAAUUGUUACCGAGAGAUUUUGGGGAUUUGACCCGGAGGAAAUGAACUACACAGGAUUACUGUGCACACGAAAUGUAGAAGACUUGCACUAGAUGGUUUAUUCACCUUGUGAUACAUUUUGCAAGUUUUAUAAUGGAAUCAUUAGGAUAAUCAAGUUGUACUAAUACUGAUGAGGUUCAUGGAUGUACUGGUAAAAUUUAGGCAAAAUGAAAUUUAUAGAGAUCUUGUAGCUUUUGUUGCCAUAUUUUCUUUAAGACAAUAAAUUGGGAUGUAGUAACUAAGCACAGUUAGUCUACAGAUAAUGUUCUCAAAUCAAAACUUACCUCUUGCACUAUCAUGCCUUGAAUUUUAAUUUUUGAAAGGGAAUAAUAAAUAUAUCAGCCGCCUUCCGAAUAGCUUUCUAUGGUAAGCCAAAUUGGCCUUUGCAAGCAAAGAAAUUUUGAUAAUUCUGAGAAGCCUGAUAGGAAAAGACGUGGUCAACCUCCUUCUGUGGGCAUGCCCUCAUCAGAGGAGGGGUUUGGUCUGACCUUUUUUACAAACAGAAUGUGUCUCACUUCAACUGAUGGUUGCCUUUUUUUCUGUAAAGGAUGUUUGGGGGGGUGGGAUGCCUGGUAAAUCAUCCAGAUGAAUGUCAUAAAUAGAAUUAUUCUGGUUUCGCUGGGUUUACAAUGACUUUAUGCCACACUAGCCUCAUUUAUUGUCUCAUGUGUUCUUUUAGCAUAAAUAUGAAGUGCACAUACAGGAGUAAAUGACCGACAGAAGUAGUAAAUUCCAUCAUGAUUGGACUUUGGAGUCUGCAAAUUGCAAACAUCAGAGACUGCUACUUGCAUUUUAUUUGCAUCUGAGUAUUGGAUUUACGCUUCUAGAUGAGUUAUUUUAUGUGAUAAAUAGGGGAUAGGGUAGGAGAAGAUUGUUUGGAGAGUCCCCUGGGUUUAUUACCUCUUUUCCUCUGGGUGAAACAUGUAAAUGAUUAUUUUAAUUUGAAUUACAGCUCUUGUCAGAAAACUGCCGUUUGGGAUAAAUGAAGUGUGGUAUAUUUAGAGAAUUUCAUGUUUGGAUGCACUUACUUUUAUUUAAAUACUGCUUGUAUGCUAACGUUGCCCAAAAUAUGUGAAAUUGUGCCACUAAGAAGUUUGUAUUAUUGGACUUUAUCCCUGAUGUGUAAAUGAGAAAAUACACAUUUUAAGAUGA